CAACUUCUCCGCAAAUUUAUCAUCUGGGCAUCGCUCUUUUCCACAACUUUUAAUGUUGUUCCAUCAAAGACAAUUCUUCUUCCUACAACCUAAGGAGGAUUGUAAUGUUCUGGUUAUAGGUCACUGCUAUAGUCCUCUCACAAGGGUCCUGCGAGCUGUGGAUAGUCGAUGGGACAGUGCUGGACUAAGUGUUGGCCGCAGCCAUGCAAACAAAGUAGUAGUAAUAAGGAUGACGCUACGACAGAGCUUGCAGGAGGAAACGUUCAACUUGUAACUACAAUGGAGAAGUGGGAGAAAGAGACAUCAGAAGCAAACAAGGACGGCAAAACUGUUGUGGUGAAUUUCAGUGCAUCCUGGUGCAUUCCUUGUAGACAGAUAGCAGCAGCUUACCGCGAACUUGCUGAGAAAUAUUGUUCGUCGAUUUUGUUUCUAACAGUUGAUGUUGAUGCGUUAGCAGAAUUCAGUACUACAUGGGACAUAAAAGCAACUCCGACCUUCUUUGUCCUGAGAGACGGACGACAACUGGACAAACUCGUAGGUGCUAACAAGGCGGAGCUUCAACGGAAGAUUACAGCAAUUGCUGAGUCAAAUACGAGGACGUCCCUUAACUGAUCAUCAGUUGUCUGUGUCUGCUAAAUAUUGCGAUACCGUGUAUUAGGAAUUUCCACCCUCUGAUUCUUACAAAUCAAACACAUGUUAGCAUUUCCAUCUGGUUGUAAGAUUUUUCCUUUGCUUCAUCUACUCUUACAGCCCCACGAAAAUCUGGAAAAAAGGAAGCAUUGAGAAAUUUGAAAUGCAUGUGUGCAAAUAGAUGUGUUCU